AGGCGCACCCUAUGGGGGUCAAGAAGGAGUACUUCGAGCCCCUCAUAGCCUUCCUGCAGAAGCACCUGCAAGUGUCGCCAGAGGACGCCCGCGCCGCCGAGCGGCUCGCCGCGGCCGCGGCUGAGGAGCAGGCCGCGUCCGAGGCGGCGGAGGCGGGGCGGCAGGGGCUGCAGGAGGCAGCGGCGGAGGACGAGGUGCCGGAGGGGCAGUUUCCGAUGGCAGACUGA